GCCGGGCCGCGGCUGAGCCCCGUCGGGGCCUUCGACGCGCGCGAGGUCGCCGCGCACCUGAGCGCGCUGCGCUGCGAGCAGCUCCACCGCGCGCUGCGCCAGCUCGUGCAGCGGCUCAUGCAGCACCCGCUCAACCAGAACUGGUUCAACGAGCCCGUCGACCCCGUCCGGCUGAACCUGCCGGACUACUUCGCCAUCGUCCGCGAGCCCAUGGACCUCGGCACGGUCAAGUCGCGGCUCGCGGCGUUCGCGUACAGCGACGUGCCGGCGCUCGCGGCGGACGUGCGCCGCGUCUUCGACAACGCGCAGCGCUACAACCCGCCGCGCAACGCCGUGCACCGCGCGGCGGCGGAGCUCGCGCGCGACUUCGACGCCGACCUCGAGCGCGCGCUGGAGCGCUGCGCGCGCGCGAGCCAGGCGGCGCACGAACACGCGUGCGGCCUCUGCCGCGGGCGGCGCUGCGCCCUCUGCGGCGACAAGUGCAUCACGCUCGAGGCGCCGGCGCUCAUCUGCUCGGGCCCGUGCCAGCAGCGCGUGCGCCGCGACCAGCAGUACCACGCGACGCGCGACGGGAGCCGGCUCUGGUGCCACAAGUGCUACCUGGGCCUCAAGGCGGUCAUCCCGCCGCCGGCCGACGCGCACGCGCGGCCGCGGGCCCAGGACGCGGCGCACGCGCAGGCCACGGGCCUCUGGUACAAGCGCGACCUGAUCAAGCGGCGCUUCGACUGCGACGUGCACGAGCCCUGGGUCCAGUGCGACUGCUGCCUGCGCUGGGCGCACCAGGCCUGCGCGCUCUUCAACGCCAAGGCCGAGCGCGACGCGCGGGGCGCGGCCGGGGCCUUCGUCUGCCCGCUCUGCGAGCUCCAGCACGCGCACCUGCCGCCGCGGGGGAAGCGGCGGCGGGGCGACGGCGCGGAGGCCGCGGCGCCGCUGCGGCUGCGCGCGCUGACGAAGACGCGGCUCGCGCUCGAGGACGACGACGACGCGGCCUCGGACGACGACGGCGGCGGCGGCGGCGGCGGCGCGCCGCGCGCGCGGCCCGCGCCGGCAACGGGCGCGCGGCGCUGCGACGACACGGUGCUGCGGUCGUUCCCCGCCCCGGGGCCGCUGCUCGAGCUGCGCGAGGGCGACGCGUGGCACGGCCCGCCGCCGCCGGGGCCGCCCGAGGCCGCGCCCGGCGCCGUCGCGGGCGCGCGGCGCCGGGCGCCGGCCGCGCCCGCGCGCUGGUGGCGCGCGGCGGACCUCGCGGACACGCGGAUGACGGCGUUCCUGCAGGCGCGCGUGCGCCAGCGCAUGGUCGAGCUGGGCGGCGCGGCGGCGGGCUUCGCGCCGACCGUGGCCGUCAAGCUCGUGAGCUGCGUGCCGCGGCGGCUCCGCGCGCCGGACAUCCUGCGGGAGCACUUCCGGGGGCGCGACGGCGCGGCGCUGCCCGAGUUCCUCAAGUACGAGUCGCGGGCCGUCGUCCUCUUCCAGAAGCUGGACGGCUGCGACGUCAUGGUCUUCUCGAUGUACGUGCACGAGUUCCCGACGGCCGCGGGCGGGCCCUCGGCGGGGCGCGUCUACGUCGCCUACCUGGACAGCGUCGAGUACUUCCGGCCGCGCACGGCGCGCACGGAGGUCUACCACGAGCUGCUCGUGGCCUACCUCGACUGGUCGCGCGGCCGCGGCUUCGACGCGGCGCACAUCUGGGCCUGCCCGCCGCAGCGCGGCAACAACUUCAUCUUCUGGUGCCACCCGCAGCACCAGCGGACGCCGUCGCGCGAGCGGCUCACGGAGUGGUACCGGGCGAUGGUCGCGCGCGCGACGGCGACGGGCGCCGUGCGGCGCGUCGCGACGCUCUACGACGAGUGCUUCGCGGCCUGGGACACGACGCGGCGGCGCCACAAGCCGCAGCACGCGCAGCGGCCGGCGGUCUGGGUCGACAACGCCGACGCCGACGAGGGCGCCCCGGCGCCGCGGCUGCCCGUCUGCCCGCCCGUCUUCGACGGCGACUACUGGCCCGAGGAGUGCGGGCGGCUGGGCGGCCUGAUCGAGCGGCGGCGGGGCCUCUUCGGGGGCAACCACGCGCUGCGGUCGCAGACCGAGGGCGCGCCGGAGCACCAGCUCGAGGGCCUCGUGCUCUCGCUCAAGGCGCAGCCCGCGGCGUACCCCUUCAACCGGCCCGUCGACCCCGAGGCGCUGGGGCUCAAGGACUACCGGACCGUCUGCCCGCACCCGAUGGACCUGGGGACCGUGGCCACGCAGCUCCAGGCGAAGCGGUACGCGACGCCCGACCGGGUCGUGGCCGACGUGCGGCUCGUCUUCCGGAACGCCUCGCGCUACAACCCCCCGGGCCACCCGGUGCACGAGGCCGCGCGGACGCUGCUCGCGCACUUCGAGCGGAAGCUGGACCAGCUGCUCGAGCGGCUCGUGAGCACGGGCGCGGCCGAGUCGCCGGACGCGUGGCUCGCGGGCUACCCCCUGGACCGGGCGGCGGCGGACGCGGAGGACCGGGCGCCGUCCGUGCGCGCGCGGCUCCUGCCGGAGCUCGCCGGCAGCGUGCACCGCAUGAAGGAGUCGCUCUUCGUGCUCUACCUGCAGGACGGCCGCGCGGACGCGUCGGGCGAGAUCCGCGACCCGGACGCGGGCCUCCGGCUGAGCUGCCCGCUGCUCGACUCGCGCCACACGUUCCUGGAGAUGUGCCAGUUCUGGCACUACCAGUUCGACUCGCUGCGCCGCGCGAAGCACUCGACGGUGAUGCUGCUGUACCACCUCCACGUGCCGCGCGCGGAGUCGCUGGGCAUCAGCUGCGCGGCCUGCGCGCGCGAGAUCCGGCGGGUGCGCUGGCACUGCGCGACGUGCGUCGACUUCAACAUCUGCCGCGCGUGCGAGCGCGAGCGCGGCGCGGCGCACCGCCACGCGCUGACGCCGUUCCGCAUCACGUUCUCCCGGCGGCGCGCGCUCGCGCCGGAGCCGGCGCGGAUCGACCGGGCGGUGGUCGCGGUCGACGCGGAGGAGGAGGACGACGACGAGGAGGACGAGGAGGACGAGGACGACGAGGAGGACGACGAGGCGGAGGAGGAGGCGUAGCGCGCCCCGCUCCGGGGGCGGGCACGACGACCGAGCAACUUUGAAUAACUACUAGAUAAAU